AGUCGGUCAACUCUUCACACGACUCCGGAGACUGGUCGCGACGGGCACAACACUGCCUUAUUGAGAUACCCAGCUACGAGGUGCAAUCUCCCCAAGCCGAUUAUAGUUAUCCAAGCAGAUUUUGGGGUGUUGAUGGAGCAGGAAUGUUUGCACUGUCUCAGCCAUCUUCAGCCGAGACCGGACUUCGAACGUGCUUUCUUUCUUUUCUUCUUGUUUUCAUUUUGGCUAAUGUGGCCUCUUGUUCUGCAAAUAGCUGCAAUCUUGAUUUGUAUGUCAGAUACAUGCUCGGAGUCUCACAAGGCUCCAUGCAUACUGUAUGUAUCGCAGCUAAUCUCAAAGAGUGAGGCUCCAUCGGAACAAGUGCCAUGGCCGUGAUUCUCGCACCCUUAUUUCGGAACUCGCUCCUGUUUAUGGAUAACUUUAAACUGACCUCGAGCAGGGAUCUUCGAUAGCACUCAGGUGAUCGGGGGUUCCUGUAACCCAACAUACAAGUCUCUACUCAGGGCGUCCGAUGACCACGGCACGUCUAAUCAAAGGUUGUCUUACAAGGUCUAUCAUAAUAAGAUAGCGCUAUGAGUACCCUUACAUGAUCUGCUAGUUACGUGAUUGCAGCCAGCAACUAGGAGUUUUCCCACACUCGACGCUAUGAUAGAUGUUCCGUUACUACUUAAGUCCCCUGCUUCGAACUUGCUAUCACGGGGGUGAUUCUCAUCAAACGAUGGAGACGCAGUGAGGCUACUGCAUCACUCCUGCCAUUACCACCCGGACCUCCCCCAUUGCCUUUCAUCGGUAACGUCCUGGAUGUACCCACAUUUGAGCCAUGGAAAGUCUAUGAUGGACUGAGUCAAACCUAUGGUGCUGGGCUGCGUAUUUUUCCUUGUCGUGAGAACCAGGACUCAAUCUUCCACGCUAGGCGAUAUCAUGCAUUUGCGCGUUGUUGGACAGUCAAUCAUCAUUCUCUCAUCCUUGGAUGCGAUCUCAGACUUGCUCGAUAAGCGGUCUACGAUCUACUCUGAAAGAGCUAAAUCCAUCAUGCUAUCCGAUUUGAUGGGCGUAAACUGGGCUAUGCCAGUUCUUGGCUAUGGUCAAGCUUGGCGAAAAUCCCGAAAGAUGUUUCACCAUUAUUUCAUCAUGAAUGGCGGAAGAACAUUCCAGGGCAUGCAGCUCGAUGGUACUCGUCGAUUUCUCAGUAACCUCCACAUAGACCCACAGAAUUUCCUUGCACAUACUCGGCAUGCGGUCGUAACAACAAUCAUGCGAAUGGCGUAUGGAUUUGACAACUUGUACAAAGACCAUCCAUACGUGCGAGACGCGGAGGGUCUAUUGGCCGGAUUUUGUGAAGCAGCUCAGCCCGGGAGGUUUUAUGUCGAUUUCUUGCCUUUCUUGCGCUUCAUUCCUGCAUGGUUUCCUGGUGCGGACUUUAAGAGGAAGGCUGCAGUAUGGAAUGAACAGGGCGAACAUGUUUUGAACCACCCCUUUGAUGCCGUAAAACGGGCCAUGGAAACAUCAUCUGUUCCACCAUCUGCUGUAGCUUCAAUGCUGGAAGACAUGAAGAAUAGCUCUGACAAAGAGACGCAAGAAGGUAUCGCUCGAAGCAGCGCCGCAGUAUCAUACGCAGGAGGUUCAGAUACAACUAUAGCCACUAUUCAAAUGUUUUUUCUAUCCAUGGUCUUAUAUCCAGAGGUACAGAAGCUGGCUCAGGAUGAGCUAGGAUCAGUAGUUCCUCAGGACAGACUUCCAGACUUCAGCGACCGUGAAUCACUGCCAUACAUUCAAGCCCUUAUUCUGGAGCUUUUGAGAUGGAUGCCCGUGGCACCUCUUGCUAUGCCUCACGCAACUGCAAAAAGUGACAUUUACAAAGGUUACCACAUACCUAAGAAUUCUGUGGUGAUUGCGAAUGCGUGGUCCAUAUUGCACAAUCCUGAGUACUAUCCAGACCCGCACAAGUUUAGUCCUGAACGAUUUCUCAAGAAUGGGAAGCUGAAUCCCGAUGUGCUGGAUCCCACAAUUGCCUCAUUUGGGUUUGGACGCAGGAUAUGUCCUGGUCGUCUCAUUGCCAUGGAUUCGCUCUACAUCAUCAUCGCGUCCGUGCUACACCUCUUCAAUAUAUCUCCUGGAAUGGAUGACAAAGGUCAACUGCUGUCUGUCGAGAUCAAGACAACUUCAGGCCUGCUUGUAUUCCCAAACCAUUUUUCGUGUACCAUAGUACCCAGGUCUCAUGCCGCGCUAUCUCUCCUGACCGAACUUCAUUGAGUUGUCAUUGAUAUUGAAUAAAUAGAUGUUGUUACUGCUAUUCCUGAUCUAAACAUGUAGUUUCCGGUGUUAACUCUUUUCUGUUUGCCACGUAAAUCAGUCAUAGGCCAGUUCACUUAUGUCCCCAAGCUUUCUAUAAACUCAAAGGUACAUUGACUAGACUAGCCUAGUAUAGUAGUGCUGGUCUGAGCGAAAACUUGAUUAGGAUAGACCAUGUCAUGACAUAUUUCACAAAGUUCGUGAAGUGUAUUAGGGGCUCUGUAAGACACAGAACAGCAUAAGAGAUAACAAAAUGUGUUUGGGAUU